UAGAACCGCUAACAACAAAAUCGAACUGAGUUAGUGCUUAGUGUUAGUAGGCAGCAAGAGACCAAUUUUCUUCUUCUCUUGCUCUCUUUUUCACUUUCACAAUUGACUCCAUUAGUUUCUGCCAGAAUUUUCGGUCUUGUUUCAUUCACAUUCACCAAGUGCUUUCUUCUUUUCUAUCUGGGAGGAUCAGAGCAAAGACUCUGUGUUUUUCAUGCUUCAUAAGGAUUAGUUGGAUUUUUGAAGGUUUUGCAAAAGUGGGGCGGUGAUCAAUGGCGGCUACUAAGGUAGAAGAUAUAAGCUACCCACCAAUGGACCAACUUCAGGGCUUAGAGUACUGCAUAGACUCAAAUCCAUCUUGGGUGGAGACAAUAGUUCUGGGAUUUCAGCAUUACAUUCUGGCCUUGGGAACUGCUGUCAUGAUUCCUACAUUGCUUGUUCCUUUGAUGGGUGGAACUGAUGGUGAUAAAGUGAGGGUCGUACAGACCCUGCUAUUUGUUGAAGGAAUUAAUACGCUUGUCCAGACACUCUUUGGAACCCGCUUGCCGACAGUGAUCGGAGGUUCAUAUGCAUUCAUGGUCCCCAUCAUGUCCAUCAUUCAUGAUCCAUCUCUGGCAAUGAUACAGGACCCUGAAUUGAGAUUUCUUAGCACAAUGAGAGCAGUCCAAGGUGCACUAAUAGUAGCAUCAAGCAUACAAAUAAUUUUGGGUUUUAGUCAAAUAUGGGCCAUUUGUUCCAGGUUUUUCAGUCCACUUGGAAUGGUUCCAGUAAUUGCAUUAGUUGGUUUUGGACUAUUUGACAGAGGGUUCCUUGUGGUUGGGAGCUGCGUUGAAAUUGGAAUUCCCAUGCUAAUCCUGUUUAUAGCCUUAUCUCAGUAUUUGAAGAAUUUUCAGAUAAGACAAGUACCACUAUUGGAGCGAUUUGCUCUACUCAUAGCAACCACAGUUAUAUGGGCAUAUGCAGUACUCUUAACAGCCGGAGGCGCAUACAAAAACCGCCCGGAGAUAACUCAACGUAGCUGCAGAACAGACAGGGCUAAUCUCAUUUCUACUGCUCCAUGGAUUAAGAUUCCAUACCCUCUUCAGUGGGGUGCUCCUACAUUUGAUGCUGGUCAUGCUUUUGGAAUGAUGGCUGCUGUUCUUGUCUCAUUAGUUGAGUCAAACGGGGCAUACAAGGCUGCGUCUCGUCUAGCAAGUGCCACACCCCCUCCUGCUCAUGUUCUGAGCCGUGGUAUUGGUUGGCAGGGAAUUGGAAUCUUGCUGAGUGGCCUUUUUGGAACAUUGUCUGGUUCAACGGUAUCUGUAGAGAAUGUGGGGCUUCUAGGAAGCAAUCGAAUUGGUAGCCGAAGGGUCAUUCAAGUUUCAGCGGGCUUUAUGAUAUUCUUCUCAAUGUUAGGAAAAUUUGGAGCUUUGUUUGCAUCGAUACCAAUCCCCAUUUUCGCUGCUGUAUACUGUGUCUUGUUUGGUCUUGUGGCUUCUGUGGGGCUAUCAUUUUUGCAAUUCACCAACAUGAACUCAAUGAGGAACCUCUUCAUUACUGGUGUUGCCCUCUUCUUAGGCCUGUCUAUUCCUGAGUACUUCAGAGAAUACACCAUCAUGGCACAUCGUGGCCCUGCUCAUACAAGAGCUGGAUGGUUCAAUGAUUUCCUUAAUACUAUCUUCUUUUCUUCCCCAACUGUUGCAUUGAUUGUUGCUGUUUUCUUGGACAACACUCUUGACUACAAGGAUAGUGCCAAGGAUAGAGGAAUGCCAUGGUGGGCAAAGUUUAGAACAUUUAAAGGAGAUAGCCGUAACGAAGAGUUCUACACCCUCCCUUUCAACCUCAACCGGUUCUUCCCUCCAUCCUAGAGAAAAAUACUAUGAUAGAGAUAUGUUAGAGGAAAAUCAUCAUUUCCAGAUAAGGUUGCAUCUUAUGAUGAUCAGUGCGAGAAAGAGAGAGUCAACAUGUAACUUAAGGUGGCAGAAAGUGUUCUUCUGCUACCUCUCUUUAUUUUUCACAUGUCAUAUAUUGAAUUGGUUUAUUUUUCAUAUAAUAGAACAGUUAUUUGUUCAACUUCCCAU